GUUCAUUGAAUGCGGAAGUCCGAACGGUUUAACGCUCCGGGAGUGAGUUGUUGAAUGGUCGCAAAGUGAACCAUGGCAGUACCGACUGGCAGAUCUGUAGUAUUUGUUACUGGUAAUGCGAAAAAAUUAGAAGAGGUAGUUCAAAUCCUUGGUGACAAAUUUCCCUACAAACUAAUUUCAAAAAAGAUUGAUUUGCCCGAAUAUCAGGGGGAACCAGAUGAAAUUUCCAUACAGAAAUGUCAAGAAGCGGCAAGGCAGGUGGAUGGGCCAGUACUGGUAGAGGACACCUGCCUGUGUUUCAGGGCACUAGGAGGAUUACCAGGACCUUACAUAAAAUGGUUCCUUGAUAAACUGAAGCCAGAGGGACUGCAUAAAAUGCUGGCAGGUUUUGAUGAUAAGUCAGCUUGGGCUCUGUGUACGUUUGCUUUCUGUGCUGGGAAAGAGGAGCCAGUUCAACUUUUUAGAGGAAAAACUGAGGGUUGUAUUGUUGAGCCCAGGGGCCCAAGAGAUUUUGGAUGGGAUCCUUGUUUUCAGCCUGAAGGCUUUGAUAAAACAUAUGCUGAGCUUCCUAAAGAGGUGAAGAACAGCAUCUCCCAUCGGUACCGUGCCCUGGCAGCUAUGUCAGAACACUUCUCCCAGUGUAAUGACGUACCAGAGACAAAGCGUGCAAAACAACAAGACUGAGUACAAUAAAGAAUAAGAAUCGAAGCUCAUUUUUGGCUCAUCAGCAUCAGGCAUUGGCUCCAUAAAUGGUUAAAAUGUACUCUGUCUUCUAUAUUUUUAAAUAAAGAUUUUGUUUAAAAAAAAAACAAA